AUGGAGUUCAGUGUGUCAGGCUCGGUGAGAUGUUCAAAGACCGAGCGGCUCGGCCCUGCCUUCCACACGUGUGUGGAUGAGUGUGCGUGUGGAUGUGUGCGCGCCUGCGUGUGCGUGUGCGCGCGCCGAGGGCGAGCCUGGCGAGCCGCGGGGAAGGCAGAUGCGCCCGGGGAGCGGCUCACUCGGAGACUCGGUGGGGGUACUGUCCGCCCGGGAGAUCCACCGAGGCCGGAGCAGGCGGCGACGAUCCCGCUCCUGCUGGCCGGCCGCGCUGUGGCCUACACCCGGCUGGGUCGCUCCACGUUGCAGGCGCCGCCGCUGCCUGCAAAGAGGGCCAGCCUCCAGCUCGGUCCUUCAGAUCCUCCUUUUCUUGCUCCAGGCGGCCUUGGGCGACAGAGAUCGGCCACCUCCUUAACCCCCUGUGGAACAACACCGCCUCCUGGGCGCGUUGGCUGCGGGCUGCCCCGGGACUUGCACCCUUCCUUAGUCUCUCCCGGCUUCCACCAAGCUAGCACUUUCUCGCUUAGGGGAGACAGAGGCCAUAAGAAGCCAAGUCUGUUGUUGCAAAAACAGGAAAUGGUGGGCCUGGAUUUUGCAGAGCAGGCCCACUGCCUGAGCUCUCCCCUACCACGCACUUUUAAGAAGUAUCGGUCCCAGAAUAUCUGACAAAAUUCUGAGGUUCAGUAAGUGUGGGAGAUGCAGAACACUCUACUACCCUCUUAUAGAAUCAAGAUCUCACAGUCGCAUUCUAUGUUCUAAGGAUCCUGCGGAAAACUCUCUCUUUAAUCAUCUUCCCACCCACCUUGAACACAAAAUUCCUCUACUCCACUGACCCUGCAAAACCCUGGAAUGAAUGAAUUGUUCCAACAUGCACCUAAAUGACUCUGAAAACCAUACAAAACCCUCCAUUAUUGGCAGGCUUCUGCCUUCAAGGUCAGCUCCAGAUGGAAACAGGUCUCCAGGUUAGACCACCACCUACGAUUCUAUAAGCUGAAACAGAACUGAUGGAGAGCUACUGUGCGGCUGACAGUCUCAACGGCUGGAGUCGUCCCGUGGGUCCCGUUCUGAUCCAGCUGUCCAGAGAAGACGCAAUGCCACUGUGGAAUACAGCGGCGUGUGGGGAUGCUGCCAGGAAAAUCUGUUGAGCACAUAGGUAGGGUGUUCUCUGCAGCCAGCAAGCCUUUUACUGGGUGCUGAGGCUCUCCUGGGGAACAACCCAUACGUACACUGUAAGAUGAGCCGAUGCGGUUGAGGAUAUGAGUGGGCAGAGCAGCAACAAGUCCCCCGUAUUUCAUCUGGGAAAACAAGUAUUCCAUCCAUGCAGGCAAUCAGCACCCACACUCCCGCGCACGAUAGCGGCUGAGCAUUACUCUACCCCUUAGGCCCCAGGCCAGAACCCUUCCUAAAAGGCUCCUUUAGUUUUCCCAAAGCCCAGGAGGUGACAGACACAUCUCUGUCUCUCCAUAUGACCGAGCACAGUAACUGAAUUCAGCAGGAAAGGAGCCUCUCUCGUCUCCCAGGAGAACAGCUCUCCAGAGCGACUCUUGGUUGUCCUAAGUGAAUCCUGUCUUCCGUAACACUAAGGCCUCUACAUCCCCAUAGUCAGGAAACAAAACCACCACAUUUAAGGAUCAUAGGUGCUCAGUGCUCCACGGGCAGUAAGGUAAGAGAGCCUAUCGCAUACACCAUCUUGACUACCCCAGUGGUCAGGGGACCGCUCCAUGAGGUCAAAGUCCUGCACUGUGGCUUUAUGAACUUAUGGAAGUUAUUCAGAGACUGUUCAUCACCUGUGAGAACUGGGACACGUACAGAAGACUAUAGGGAGGGGUCAUCAUACAAGGCACGGGAAGUGUUUAUAACAAAGUCGGGGCCUCGUGUCUGCUCAUUAAAUUAGCUGCUAGUACCCUCUGUCCAUCGCAGUCAGGGGCCACUGCCAAGCAUGUCUGUGCCUGACCUCCAAGCCUCACCCAGGACAUACACAGGGAAGAAGCCACCCAAGCCUGCUUGUGGCACUCUGCCCCUCGGUAACUGUAGAAUAAACAGCUAAGAAACACAACUCUUGAUGAAAUACGAUACAAACCUGCUAUCAAAGUUCAGUUAGGUACUAGACGUUCAGGUCUCUGAACACCCUAAAGUGAAACGUUUGCUUUCUUGGCCAGAGAGGUCAAAGAAAGGGAAGCAGCUGUUUCGACCAGCAGCCAUGACUACUUCCUCAUUAAAGGGUCUGUCGUUCACUUCAGCAGCGUGGAGCGCCCACAGAGCAAGGCUGCUCACUGCUGAACUGGGGUUUGUCCCCUGUGUCACGGUGACAGUCUGGCCUGGGGUCGCCUUCCUCUCACCACAGAAUAACUUAUCUGUGACGAUUCGGUAAGCGUUCUCAAUGCUUUCUAGCAUUCAAAACAGAACAGAACAAAACAAAACAAAACAAAACAAAAACACCAGGAAGUAGGGGGAUAUGAAGCUGCAAAUGUUUUUCCAAUCACUGUGACAAUAAGUGUAAGGGUAAUUCUUUUCCACUCUUCCUUGUAACUUCUAUCUGUGCAGUUACUUAUUUGUGUGAGCAUGCUUGCCAUGGCACACCUGUGGAGGUCAAAGGCCAACACUCCUUCUACCAUAUGGCUCCUGAGAUGGGAACUCAGGUCGCCACGCCUUUACUCUCAGAGCUCCUUUACCGAUCUGCUUCUGUGAUUU